AGGAGAAAAUGGCUGGAGUUGCGGACGACAGUAAAAAACUAAAGAUACUUUGUCUGCAUGGAUAUAGACAAAAUGGUCAGACAUUUCGAGAGAGAACAGGUGCAUUCAGGAAGAUCAUUAAAAGUCGAGCAGAGCUAGUAUUUGUGACAGCCCCAAACCGUGUCCCUCCAUUGCCAGGAGAGGAAGGAGACACACCUAGUGAUGCUGCCUCUGACACACCCAACAAAGCUGACCAGAUGGGUUGGUGGUUUUCACGAGAAGAUGACUAUUACAUGGCUCAGGACUAUACUGACUGUUGCAAAGGCUACAAGGAAUCACUGGAUGUGGUAACACAGGCAUUUAAAGAACAGGGUCCAUUUGAUGGGGUGCUGGCCUUUAGUCAAGGGGCUGCCUUCCUGUCCCUAAUCUGUGCUUUGAGGGAGCAGAACCCCAAAGAUACUCCAUAUCAGUUUGAUUUUGUGAUCCUGGUGGCUGGAUUUAAGAGUAGACAGUCUCCACACCAAGACCUUUAUACCACAAAAUUAUCUUUGCCUUCCUUACAUGUAUUUGGCGACACUGACAAGGUCAUUCAGAAAGAGAUGAGUGAAGAACUCCUUCCCUGCUAUUCUGACAAAAUGAUCCUACAACAUCCUGGUGGCCAUUUCAUCCCUGCCUCCGGACCACAGAAGAAGGUGUACAUCGAGUUCUUGGAUAGAAUGCUCGAGAGGAAGAAAGCACGCACAUGAUUUUGAGAUGUAAUAGUUAGCCAUUAAAGAGGUAGAAUUGUGA